GACGACUCAGAAAGUGGAAUCUGCACAAGCAACCUAAAGGGGGAGGAGAAGAAAACCCUUUGAAUCCUUAUAACUAAACCCCAGAUGCAACGCAAGCAACGACUUCGUCACACUAAAAUCUAUUCUGUGAGGGCCAAAAUUAUAAAUUACGAAGCAGAAAUGAAUAUCAAACAACUUCCAGCGGUGUGCACCUAGAGAAAGACAGGAAGAACCCACUGCAAACAAACCCAGUCCAAACAACGCCUCCAGUAGGAAAAGAGGAAAACCGCUACAACACGACCCCCUGAGAAGAGACCAGACCAUCACGCUGAGAGUGGGGAGCGUCUGCAAGCCUCCAAGUGUGCCGAGGACUGAGUUGCACUUCUCUGCUCUUUGGACUGUAAUUACGUCCUUCACCUUCCAUUUGGGGGAGGGUGAGGAGAAAGGCACUCACCUUCGCUGAGUGAAGAAGUCCUACCAGCCUGUGCGAGAAGUUUUAAGAAUGAAACACUGAAUGUUUCGCUUUUAUUUUUAAAUUUACCUUGGCACUUAAAAGAGCUCAUUUCCAGGUUUCUGGGCAAUCUCGGCUGCAGACGUCUAAGCCUAACCUCUUGGUAACCUGAUUUUUUUCUCUCGCCCCUUUUCUUUUUCUCCCCUCCCCUUCAUCUCUUUCAUAAACACAUCUUUAUUUUACACAUCAAGCAAAAAAGUCCGAGCAGGUACUUUUCUUCUUCAAAGAUUACCUUUUCCCCCCUUCCUUCUGGCGAAGAAAAAAACGUUUCGAAAGAGGGGAAAGAGCGAGCAAGCCGGCUGUUGUUUCAGCCGGUCAGCCCAGGUGGAAACCAAGAGUGAAAGUGGGGCUUAGGGGAAGCGCGACGCCUCUCUCGCAAGCCGCAGGGCCACCACCACUGCGUGAGCCUUGGAUCCCUCAACGUACUGCGAGACGCCGGUGUAUAGCCCGGACCUGUGCCCCAACAUGAUCGCCGCUCAGGCCAAGCUGGUUUACCAGCUCAAUAAAUACUACACUGAGCGCUGCCAAGCGCGCAAGGCGGCCAUCGCCAAGACCAUCCGAGAGGUCUGUAAGGUGGUCUCGGACGUGCUAAAGGAAGUGGAGGUGCAGGAGCCUCGCUUCAUCAGCUCCCUGAGCGAGAUCGACGCCCGCUACGAGGGGCUGGAGGUCAUCUCGCCCACGGAAUUUGAAGUGGUGCUCUACCUAAACCAGAUGGGCGUCUUCAACUUCGUAGACGACGGCUCCCUGCCCGGCUGCGCGGUGCUCAAACUGAGUGACGGGAGGAAGCGGAGUAUGUCUCUCUGGGUCGAGUUCAUCACUGCGUCCGGCUACCUCUCGGCGCGCAAGAUCCGCUCACGUUUCCAGACCCUGGUGGCUCAGGCAGUGGACAAGUGCAGCUAUCGAGAUGUGGUCAAGAUGAUCGCAGACACCAGCGAGGUCAAGUUGCGCAUCAGGGAGCGCUACGUGGUGCAAAUCACCCCUGCGUUCAAGUGCACCGGUAUCUGGCCUCGCAGUGCGGCACAGUGGCCUAUGCCCCAUAUCCCCUGGCCUGGCCCCAAUCGGGUAGCGGAGGUCAAGGCCGAAGGGUUCAACUUGCUGUCGAAGGAGUGCUACUCACUGACCGGCAAGCAGAGCUCUGCGGAGAGCGAUGCCUGGGUGCUACAGUUCGGGGAGGCUGAGAACCGCCUGCUGAUGGGAGGCUGCCGAAACAAGUGUCUCUCGGUGUUGAAGACGCUGCGGGACCGCCACCUGGAGCUGCCGGGUCAGCCGCUCAAUAACUACCACAUGAAGACGCUGCUGCUGUAUGAGUGCGAGAAACACCCGCGGGAAACGGACUGGGACGAGGCGUGCCUCGGCGAUCGGCUCAACGGCAUCCUGCUGCAGCUCAUCUCCUGCCUGCAGUGCCGCCGCUGCCCUCACUACUUUCUGCCCAACCUCGACCUUUUUCAGGGCAAGCCCCAUUCGGCCCUGGAGAGCGCUGCCAAGCAGACCUGGAGGUUGGCCAGGGAAAUUCUCACCAAUCCCAAAAGCCUGGACAAACUAUAGGGUGCUGGGGACUGCUUGAAAAGCGACACAAACGGUAGUGCUCUCUUACACACAACACACACAACUCUGAGAGACAAACAGCAGAAACUCCGGACACAAACUUUUAUGUAAGCCACCUGAAAGAAACAGGAAGCAGUCACAAGACCUUCGUUAAUUAACAAGCAAACAAAAAGAGAGCAAACCAGCCAACCAACCAAACAAAAUCACAUUCUUGCACAAAAGUGAUCGUUUUUCUUCCAAACAAUGUGAAUUUAAAAGGUCACAAAAAGAAGCAAUCGGGCUUUGCCACCACAAAAUGAAACCCAAGGUACAUUUUCAAAUCAAUGUAUAGUAGUUUCUCCCUUUUUCCUUCUCUCCCCCACGUCCUUUCUCCUCUCUCUCAUCUUCUUUCUCUCCCUCUCAUUUCAUUUUGUUUUGGGUUGCCUGAAUGUUGUCACCAAGUGAGAAAAAGUAUUUAAUUAUAUGUGAAAUUCCUCUUUUAAAAAAAGUUUUGCUGAUGUUAAAUGUAUCUCAGUGCCAAUGUCAGAUUGUGCUCCUCCCUUUCUUGCACCUCUACCCUCACCCUAAGCAGUCUUGUUGAAAACAGUAAUAAAAAUAUUACUUUACAUUGUAA